CUUUGACCUGGUGUUUGACAACCACAACGAUUUGUCAGGAUUCUGCUUCCACUUCUCGAUGUAAGCUCAGCCACCAGUGAGUGGCAUUACUCGGUGUUAGCGUCAGUUAUUUGCUUCCGCGUAUGCUUCAUCAGACACCCCUGGGCUGGUUCAACAUAUUCAAUUUGCCUCCAAGGCGGUACCACUCAAUCUCCGAGGCAGAACCGGAGGUUGUCUUAUCACCAUGAGAGUUUCAAAAAUAGCGCCUGCGCUGGGGCACAUCGCUGACACACGGAUAUAACCAACGGCUCGCACUUCUAGCUAUAGUCCAACUGGUCUGACACAUAACCUCUUGAGCCCGGCAAGGUACCGCUGACCCAAAGGCAACCAUGGACGUCCUGGCUCCCAGGAGCGACGUUCUCAGCGUCAACCCUCCCGUUGGGGUUGACGAGUUCCUUUCUGUGAACGGCUCGGACUGGCUUUGGGCCGUAACGGCCCUCCAUAUCGCCGCUUUUCUCGGCCUCCUCUGCUUCUGUUUCGUCUCCCACGAGAGCUAACGCGUGUUCCACUACACCUUCACCAUCGCCCUGCUCGUCGGAGCGGUGACGUACUACGCUCAGGCGGCCGACCUGGGCUGGAGCGCCGUGGCGCAGGCCGACCACGCCAGCAACGGCGCGCUCCGCCAGGUCUUCUACCCCAAGUACAUGAACUGGUGCAUCUCGUUCCCCGCCGUCGCGCUCGCCCUGGGCCUGCUGUCGGGCAUGUCGUGGACGACCAUCGUCUGCAACAUCUUCGUCGCCUGGAUCUGGGUGCUCACCUACCUCGCCGCCGCCUACACGACCACCAGCUACAAGUGGGGCUUCUUCGCCUUCGGCACCUUCGCGUGGGUCAUCCUGGCCAUGAGCACGCUCAACGAGAGCCGCGAGGAGGCCGCCCGCCUCGGCAUCGGCCGCGACUACAUCGUCCUGGCCGCCUGGCCGAAUCUGCUGUGGCUGCUGUAUCCCAUCGCGUUUGCGUUGAGCGACGGCGGCAAUGUCAUUGGUGUCACCGGCGGCUUCGUCUUCUUUGGUGUGCUGGAUCUUCUGAUGGUCCCUGUGUUGAGCUUCGCCUUCUUCGCUCUUGGACGCAGAUGGGAUUGGGCCGGGCUGAACCUCGACUUCAGCGAGUUUCGCGGUGUUGGCCGCGGCCGGAACCGACCAGCCAAGGAGCCGGCCCCCGCCCCGGUUCAUGGAGGCGACACCGCCGCGGUCUGACUGUCGCCGCUCGAACACAAAGGCUGAUUCCUUUUCCGGGAGGCAGUUGGCGCGGCUGUGGCAGGGGGUCAUGCGAGGAUGCCACGGGAGGAAUCUCGCCUGCAAGACUAUUUAAACUGAGAUGACUGUACUAUUUCCAGUCCAUUCACUACCUUAU